UUCGCCCAACAGUGCAUUCUGGGUGCAACCCAAGAUGGCUGCGCCCUUGCAGAAGUGCUGAAAAAGUGCCUCUCCGGAGAAAUUCUCAGGAUUGUGUGUGAUUUCCAAGAAAACCGUCGCACCAAAUCCGCUACCAGGGUCGCUGGUUUGUAGAAGAAGACCACACGAUCCCAGUCAUCGAUAAGUGUGGCCGGUGCUUCGUGUGGCUGUGGCAGACUGUCCGCGUGAAGAUGGGCCUCGUCUCCAGCCCCUUCCCAUAGCGAAGAGCCGUGGGGAGAGGAGCCGCAGAUUCCCCUGCAAACACGCACCCGUCCAACUCGGACUUGACGGGUUUGACAUACUAUACAGGUUGUGGACGCUGCCCUACAAUUUUCUGACCAGGAUUGUUUGUGCGACCGUGUCUGUCAUCGUCCGGAGACGAAGAGGUUCUCCUGCCCGGGUUGAUAAUCCCACCGCACCAAGGUCUUGCACGUAUCUGCACACUUCUAUGCCACAACUAGCGCCAUUUCUGCACAUCUGAUCGGUUUCGAUUACCUUAUAUUAUCAGGCUCUAUUCAUGUGGUUUCGCUUUAAAUAGCACUAGCUUCUCCUGUAGUUUGACAGCUGCCUGCAAUAGCCAGAGCCAGCUGUCAAAUGAGCUGCGCUAGUGGAGCUAGCUGGGCUAACGUUAACUGUCCCGCCGGUUGCUCGCUAGCAAAGAGCUCCAGCUGUGAACCAAGUUAAUGACAGCAUAUCCGUAUUUACAUGGUUGUAGGCGCACGCAACAGUUAACCAAACUAGCUCCUCAUCUGUGGCUGGAGCAGUGCUCACGUGGCCAGCGUUUAGCCCCACCAUGACAUCAUCCAGGUGUUGCUCUCUCUGUGACGGAGUGAUAGUAAGCUGGAUACUACACUGCAGAGUGAGACAGCUCCAGACGCCAGUGGGUUUGGUUUCACUUGUUGUGAUUUUCCUUCAUGCAGCAGAUUCACAGCAGUGCAUUAAACAUGACUCAUAACCACCAUCACCUGACCUGACGGAACUAUUUUUGGUUUAAGGUCAUAACACUGGAAGCUCAGCAGCCAUUGUGGUUUUCCAGAUAAUCAAUUUUCAGUAUUGCAACUUGUCCACUGGUAUCUUUUUGCUUCUACAGUUACUAAGUACAUGCAUCACCAGUAUUGCAAUAUCUGCGCACUUACAUUGGUUGUAAUAUUUCAAAGCUCACUUUCUCUGGAAGACUUGUAUGCUUGAAACAUCACAACGCACAAACAGCUUUUUAGGUGGAAGUUAGGUAAUGUGUUGUUUAAGGUUUUGUGAACCUACUUUUUUUUUUUUGAUAUCUUCCUUUAAGGGUCAGAGAAAAACUUGUUGAUUGUUAAUAUCUUCAAAACCCAAGCAGCACCACUUAUAUUAGUCUAAAUUUAAAUCAGGAGUCAUCAAAAAAUAAGUAAAUAAGAUUACUGCAGUAACCGGAUGGUGUUGUUUUCACUCUCAUGGAUUAUUUAUGAUCCACCACCACAUUUAAGUGUCUCAUGUUGGUCCCUGUAGCGUGGCUAGACAGACUCUUUGGUUCUGCCAAUACUGCACAAUGCCUUCCUUAUGUAUACACAUGCUUUCAGGUGAUCUUUUAUUUUCAGAUUUAUGUUACAUUUAUGUUAUUUAUGUUAUAGCAGUUGAGUAGUGGGUGACAAAUGUAUCAGCCAUUUUCAUUGUUAUUGUGAGAGUAAAGUACCAGCCCCAGCUAAAAUGAUCAUAUUGUUGGUUAGCUUACCAACACAACUGCACAGCAUGAGGCGACAGAAAUUCAUCAAACGUGUGUUACUAACGAGAGCUCCCCCCUGCAGGGCCCUGAUGAAAAUGGACUCGGACUUACUUCCUUCUCCAGCCGUGGGCCUCGCAGAGGAAGAGGAGGCCGACAUGAAUGACUGGAAACUUCCCCUGGCCUUCAUGAAGAAACGGCACUCUGAGAAGAUUGAGGGCUCCAAGGCUUUAGCACAGAGCUGGAGGAUGAAGGACAGGAUGAAGACUGUGAGUGUAGCGCUGGUGUUGUGUCUCAACGUGGGAGUGGACCCUCCUGAUGUGGUCAAGACCUCCCCCUGCGCCAGACUGGAGUGCUGGAUAGAUCCUCUGUCGAUGAGUCCACAGAAAGCCCUGGAGACCAUCGGGGCCAAUCUGCAGAAGCAAUACGAAAAUUGGCAACCCAGGGCGCGUUACAAACAGAGUCUGGACCCCACGGUGGACGAGGUGAAGAAGCUGUGCACGUCGCUGAGACGCAACGCCAAAGAGGAGCGAGUCCUCUUCCACUACAACGGCCACGGGGUGCCACGGCCCACUGUCAACGGAGAGAUCUGGGUUUUUAAUAAGAACUACACCCAGUACAUCCCGCUGUCCAUCUACGACCUGCAGACGUGGAUGGGGAGCCCGUCCAUUUUUGUCUACGACUGCUCCAACGCGGGAAUCAUUGUCAAGUCCUUUAAACAGUUCGCCCUGCAGAGAGAGCAGGAACUGGAGGUGGGCAGCUGCACCGACAACACACACUCGUGGUUUACGGCAUGUCACAACACAGCAGCCAUGAAAUUGUAGUCGGGUUGUAAUAACAAAACAAACACGCACUGUGUGCAGGCAAACAGGGUGAAACAAACCGAAUCACACCCUGGUAUUCCCAAUAUUCCAGCUGAUUUGUUCCAUGAUUCACUGUCGGAGCCGCUCCAGGAUCUUUCUCUGCAGUGGUUUUGUAUGCAGAAGAGUGCCAAGUUGGUGCCAGGGGUGACGUUAGACCUCAUCGAGAAGAUCCCCGGCAGGCUCAACGACAGACGCACUCCCCUCGGAGAACUCAACUGGAUCUUCACAGCCAUCACUGACACAAUUGCCUGGAAUGUGCUGCCUAGAGAUUUGUUCCAGAAGCUGUUUCGCCAGGACCUGCUGGUGGCCAGCUUGUUCCGCAAUUUCCUGUUAGCAGAGAGAAUAAUGAGGUCGUACAACUGUACCCCGGUCAGCAGUCCCCGCCUGCCCCCUACAUACAUGCACGCCAUGUGGCAAGCGUGGGACCUGGCCGUGGACAUAUGCCUCUCUCAGCUGCCUACCAUCAUUGAGGAGGGCACCGCCUUCAGACACAGUCCCUUCUUUGCGGAGCAGCUGACAGCGUUUCAGGUGUGGUUGACGAUGGGCGUGGAGAACAGAAACCCUCCUGAGCAGCUCCCAAUCGUACUGCAGGUCCUCCUUAGUCAGGUUCAUCGGCUGCGAGCACUCGACCUGCUCGGACGGUUUCUGGAUCUUGGUCCCUGGGCCGUCAGUCUGGCCCUGUCUGUGGGGAUCUUCCCCUACGUAUUAAAGCUGCUCCAGAGCUCAGCCAGAGAGCUGCGGCCUCUGCUGGUUUUCAUCUGGGCUAAAAUCCUCGCCGUAGACAGUUCAUGUCAAGCUGACCUGGUGAAAGACAACGGACACAAGUACUUCCUGUCAGUGUUAGCUGACAGUUACAUGCCAGCUGAGCAUCGAACCAUGGCUGUCUUCAUAUUGGCUGUUAUCGUCAACAGCUACAACACAGGGCAGGAGGCCUGUCUGCAGGGCAACCUAAUAGCCAACUGCCUGGAGCAGCUGUCGGACCCCCACCCCCUGCUCCGCCAGUGGGUGGCCAUUUGCCUGGGCCGCAUCUGGCAGAAUUUUGACCCGGCACGCUGGUGUGGAGUUCGGGACAGUGCCCACGAGAAGCUCUACACUCUGCUGUCGGAUCCCAUCCCUGAGGUGAGGUGUGCGGCUGUCUUUGCUUUGGGGACGUUUGUGGGAAACUCUGCUGAGAGGACGGACCACUCCACCACCAUCGACCACAACGUGGCCAUGAUGCUGGCCCAGCUCAUCAACGAUGGCAGCCCUGUGGUCCGCAAGGAGCUGGUAGUAGCACUGAGUCACCUGGUGGUCCAAUAUGAAAGCAACUUCUGUACAGUUGCCCUCCAGUUUAUAGAAGAGGAGAAGAACUAUACAGUGCCAUCACCGGCCAACACCGCAGAGCCUGGUAACUUGACUCCAGUGAGGGACAGCCCAGCCAUCCCACGCCUGCGAUCGGUCAACUCCUACACCAACAUUCGAGCUGCUACCACUGCCCGCAACCUGAACAAGAGCCUGCAGAACCUCAACCUCAAUGAAGAAAGUGGCCCAGCAGCCUUCUCUCCUGGUAACCUGAGCACCAGCAGCAGCGCCAGCAGCACCCUGGGGAGCCCCGACAAUGACGAGUACAUCCUCUCCUUUGAGACCAUCGACAAAAUGAGACGGGUGUCCUCCUAUUCUUCGCUCAACUCCCUUAUAGGUGUGUCCUUCAACAGUGUAUACACUCAGAUCUGGAGAGUGCUGCUACACCUCGCUGCAGACCCUUUUCCUGAAGUGUCAGAUCUGGCCAUGAAGGUGCUCAACAGCAUAGCAUACAAGGCAACAAUGAACGCUCGGCCCCAGAGGAUCCUGGACUCUGGAUCUCUCACCCAGUCGGCCCCAGCCAGCCCCACCAGCAAGGGCACGCACAUCCACCAGGCUGGUGGGUCUCCUCCCAUGCCGAGCACCAGCAGCUCGAGUCUGACCAACGAGGUACCCAAACCCCCCGCCAGAGAGCAGCCGGCUACACGACCUCCCUACACCCCCACAUUGGGAGGACAGGCGCCUCACUCCCAUCAGUUCCCCCGCACCCGUAAGAUGUUUGACAAGGGACCUGAGCAGGCAGCUGAGGAUGGUGACGAGCCGGGCGGUCACAGGAACUACAUCAGUGCAUCGCUCCAGACGGGCCUGUGUGAUUGGAGCGCCAAGUAUUUCGCUCAACCUGUCAUGAAGAUCCCAGAGGAGCAUGACGUGGAGAGUCAGGUGAGGAUGGAGCGGCAAUGGAGGUUCUUGAGAAACACUCGCGUGAGAAAACAGAGCCGAUGCAUCACACAAAAGGGUGUUUCCCGUCUGGAUGAUCAAAUAUUCAUCAACCGCAACCCUGGAGUACCAUCUGUUGUGAAGUUUCACCCCUUCAACACCUGCAUCGCUGUGGCUGACAAAGACAGCAUCUGUUUCUGGGACUGGGAGAAGGGCGAGAGGUUGGACUACUUCUACAACGGAAACCCUCGGUACACUCGCAUCACAGCCAUGGAGUACCUGAACGGACACGACUGUUCAUUACUGCUCACUGCAACAGACGAUGGAGCGCUACGUAUUUGGAAGAACUUUGCCGACCAGAAGAACCCAGAGAUGGUGACGGCGUGGCAGGGCCUCUCGGACAUGCUGCCCACUACCAGAGGUGCAGGCAUGGUCGUUGACUGGGAGCAGGAGACGGGUCUCCUCAUGACGUCUGGAGAUGUCCGAGUCGUAAGGAUCUGGGACACCGACAGGGAGAUGAAGGUCCAGGACAUCCCAACCGGAGCAGACAGCUGUGUGACCAGCCUUUCCUGUGAUUCCCAGCGUUCACUCAUCGUAGCCGGUCUUGGUGACGGAUCCGUACGCGUAUUCGACAGGAGGAUGGGUCCAAAUGAAUGUCGGGUGAUGACCUACAGGGAGCACGGAGCCUGGGUGGUCAAAGCUCAUCUACAGAAGGAGACUGACGGACAUAUUAUCAGUGUCAGUGUUAACGGGGAUGUUCGGUUCUUUGAGCCGCGGGCGCCAGACUCCAUCAACGUGCUGCAGACAGUGAAGGGGUUAACAGCCCUGGACAUACACCCACAGGCCAACUUGUUCGCCUGUGGGUCGAUGAACCAGUUCAUAGCGGUCUACAACUCUAACGGCGAUGUGAUCAGCAACAUAAAGUAUUAUGACGGCUUCAUGGGACAAAGGAUUGGGGCCAUCAGCUGUUUAGCCUUCCAUCCUCACUGGCCCCACUUGGCGGUAGGCAGCAAUGACUACUACAUGUCCAUCUAUUCAGCAGAGAAGAGGCUCAGAUAACACACCAGCAUUCAUCAACAACACUUCCCCAACAAAUCUACUACAUAUGACUUCUGACCCACAGCCUCGAGCUCUGGGAUGUAAAUUAUGUUUUUGUUGUACAUAUGCAAUUACCACCCUGAAUGUUCUAGUGAUGGCUGCUGACAAAAACUCAUGCU